AUGCGUGUGCUAGGCCUAUGGGCGCUCGUGCUCCUGGCGUACCGCGCCCAUGCAUGGUAUUUGCCAGGCAGUGCGCCUGUGUCAUACACCCGUGGGCAGUCCGUGCCGGUGCAUGUAAAUGCUCUGCAUCCCAUGGCCGGUGCAACACCCGUGCAUGGUCUCGUCAGUUACGACUACUAUGAUGAGCGCCUUGGAUUCUGCCGGCCGGACGCGGGCAUCAAGGCUGAGAGCGGAAGCUUGGGAAGUGUGCUGUUUGGUGAUCGUAUUUAUAACAGCGCGCUUCAGGUGCGCAUGCUCGAAGAAAAGUCGUGCGUCCCCCUCUGCAUGACCCAGACAACACCUGAGCAGGCGUCCUUCGUCAACGACCGCAUCAACGAGCGGUAUGCGGUCAACUGGAUGGUCGAUGGCCUGCCUGUGGCUGAUAUCGAUAUGACCAAACCAGACGGCACGCUCCGUGUCAAUUCGAUCGGGUUCUUGCUUGGCACCAUUCUUGAUGCUCAAGGGCACCGACUCAAGACCCCUGCCGUGUACAAUCAUUACCAGCUCAAUAUAUCAUACCACGAGCGCUCGCCCCAAGAGUACCGCGUCGUUGGUGUCAAUGUCCGGCCCAUGUCCCUUGCGUCCAUGACGUCGUCUCAGCCGCGGUGCGACGUGAGUGAGCCCAUGUUCCUCUCACCCAAUACCACGACACCGGUGGCGUACACAUACAGCGUCAUCUGGACACGCAGUGAUACGCCAUGGGCUACGCGAUGGGAUGCGUACCUGCACGUUGUCGAUCCGCGGAUCCAUUGGUACUCACUACUCAAUGCAACCGCGAUCGUGGCGCUUCUUUGCCUCCUUGUCGCCCUCGUCAUGGCACGCUCUAUGCGCCACGAUAUCUACCGCUACAAUGCGAUCGACCUCACUGAAGAUAUCCAGGAAGAUUUCGGGUGGAAGCUUGUGCAUGGCGAGGUGUUCCGUGCGCCCACAUCCUCGAUGAUGCUCAGUGUCAUGGCAGGAUCAGGCGCUCAGCUGGGUGCGAUGGCUACGACGACCUUGUUCUUUGCUUUGCUGGGCUUCCUCAACCCCUCGAAUCGCGGAUCGCUCGGCACCAUCAUGAUUGUGACUUGGACGCUGUUCGGGUGCCUUGGUGGCUAUGUCAGUGCUCGGGUAUAUGUGAGCUUUGAUGGCGCGCAGUGGCGGCGCAACAUGAUUCUCACGGCUGUGCUGCUACCGACAGCCAUUUUCGCGCUCAUGAAUCUGCUCAAUUUUGUGCUGGUGCUGAAUCAUUCGUCCGGCGCCGUGCCGUUUGGUACGCUGCUGGCCCUCGUGGCGCUCUGGUUCUUGAUCCAUGUGCCUCUGUCGUUCCUCGGCACGUACUUUGGUCUCAAAGCGGGUGGAUUUCCGCAUCCCGUGCGCGUGAACCAAAUUCCUCGGCAGAUUCCGCCGCAAAAAUGGUACAUGCGUCUAUGGCCGUCCGCUCUGCUCGCCGGCUUGCUGCCAUUCGGUGCCGCCUGGCUCGAGCUCUUCUUUAUUAUCAACUCCUUGUUUGGCAACCGCGUGUACUAUGCCUUUGGGUUCCUCUCGCUCACCUUUGUCGUAACGCUGCUGACAACUGCGACCGUGAGUAUUCUGAACUGCUAUCUGCAUCUGUGCGCCGAAGAGUACCGCUGGCAGUGGCGUGCCUUUAUUUCCGGUGGAGCCAGUGCGUUUUGGCUGUUUGCGUAUGGCGUCUUUUUCUGCGUCAUGCGUCUCAAUUUGCCAGAUCUGUCGAGCAAAUUUCUGUACAUUGGCUACCUGCUCAUCAUUUCGACGCUCGACUUUCUGCUCUUUGGCUUCGUUGGCUUCGCUGCCUGCUAUGUCUGCGUCCAGCGCAUGUACCGCCAUAUUCGUGUAGACUAA